GGCGGGGCGGCGCGGGCGAGCAGAUGCGGCUGGAGGCGCGCGGGAGCCGGGCGCGAGCAGGGCGCAGCCGCGAGGGAGGCGCGGGGGAGGCCAGCGGGAGCCGGAGCACCAGCAGCAGCCAGUGUCGGUAAAGAGCAGCCAGAGCCACAGUCGCGAUGGCCGUGGCGGUGGGGAGACCGAGUAAUGAAGAGCUGCGAAACUUAUCACUUUCUGGCCAUGUUGGAUUUGACAGUCUGCCCGACCAGCUGGUCAACAAAUCCACUUCUCAAGGAUUCUGUUUCAACAUCCUGUGCGUGGGUGAGACAGGUAUUGGCAAAUCCACAUUGAUGGACACUUUAUUCAACACCAAAUUUGAAAGUGACCCAGCUACUCACAACGAGCCAGGCGUCCGGUUAAAAGCCAGAAGCUAUGAACUCCAGGAAAGCAACGUACGGCUGAAGCUAACAAUCGUUGACACAGUGGGAUUUGGAGACCAGAUUAAUAAAGAUGACAGCUAUAAGCCUAUAGUGGAAUACAUUGACGCCCAGUUUGAGGCCUACUUGCAAGAAGAAUUGAAAAUUAAACGUUCUCUCUUCAACUAUCAUGACACAAGGAUUCACGCCUGCCUUUACUUUAUCGCCCCCACGGGACAUUCACUGAAGUCCCUGGACCUGGUCACCAUGAAGAAGCUGGACAGCAAGGUGAACAUCAUCCCGAUCAUCGCGAAAGCCGACACCAUCGCCAAAAACGAAUUGCACAAAUUCAAGAGUAAGAUCAUGAGUGAACUAGUUAGCAACGGAGUCCAGAUAUAUCAGUUCCCCACAGAUGAGGAAACAGUGGCAGAGAUUAACGCAACGAUGAGUGUCCAUCUCCCAUUCGCAGUGGUCGGCAGUACUGAAGAGGUCAAGAUUGGCAACAAGAUGGCGAAGGCCAGGCAGUACCCUUGGGGUGUGGUGCAGGUUGAGAACGAAAACCACUGUGAUUUUGUGAAGCUGCGGGAGAUGCUGAUCCGAGUGAACAUGGAGGACCUGCGAGAGCAGACGCACACUCGCCACUACGAGUUGUAUCGGCGCUGCAAGCUUGAGGAGAUGGGCUUCAAGGACACGGACCCCGACAGCAAGCCCUUCAGUCUUCAGGAGACCUACGAAGCAAAGAGGAACGAGUUCCUGGGGGAGCUACAGAAGAAAGAGGAGGAGAUGAGACAGAUGUUCGUCAUGAGGGUGAAGGAGAAAGAGGCGGAGCUCAAGGAGGCAGAAAAAGAGCUUCAUGAGAAGUUCGACCUCCUGAAGCGGACUCACCAAGAGGAGAAGAAGAAGGUGGAAGAUAAGAAGAAGGAGCUUGAGGAGGAGGUGAGCAACUUCCAGAAAAAGAAGGCGGCGGCUCAGCUCUUGCAAUCCCAGGCCCAGCAGUCUGGGGCCCAGCAAACCAAGAAGGACAAGGAUAAGAAAAAUAGUCCCUGGCUCUGCACGGAAUAAACGAUACUCUCAAAUCUAACUGGACGUGCUUUCGCCUUUGCAUCUUCUUCUUUAUGUAGCCAUCCCGUUGACAAGCCCUACUCUCUCUUAAUGGACAGCAUUAGAAGAGCGGGAGCUGUCUGUCCACUCGAGUUGGGGAAGAGUUACCUCAUCUCCACCAUCGCCUCCCAUUCUUUAAAGUCUGGGUCAAAUAUUGCACUGCUGUUUGUAAAUGUCAAUGUCUGUUUACAAACCACCACCCUCAGUGGCUACCGAAGUGACUUCAACUACCAAAAAUAGUAACGCUAUAUUAAUGAAAAGAGUGGGAUAGAAAACUUAGGCCCAAACCCCGGGAUUUGGGGUUGGAAUCCUGUGGCUUAGCUGCCGUUUUCUUGAACCUCCUGAUCUAAGACCUUAAGGACCGAGGAGGGCCUGUGCCUCACUUGAGGUUGUUGUCAUCAUCUGUGGGGCAAACGUAGCCCAUGGUAUUCCUGGUCUCGAUCCUAUGGGCAACUCUCACCAACCCAUCAGGAUCCUCAGCUAUCAGCAGGUCAUCAGAGUGGGCCAACCCUUGCUGCCUUCUGUUGGUUUUGUGGGUUUUUCUGGUGUGGGAUUAAAAAAAAAAUGCUAUUGCAUGCACAGAGGUGGCUGCAGUUCUCCCUCCGGAAUGUCCUAUUGAUACGGUGUUUUUAUUUUUCAGCUGACCAUCUGCCUCUUGAGAGAAAGAAGUGGGCAUCCUACCUUUAAAUUCAGGAACCAUUUUUUUUUUUAUUUGACUCUGUUACCUGCAUCCCUUACCGAAGUUGUUUGGGGAGGGGGUUCUGCUCGUUUUGGGGGUGGGGAAUUCCAACUAGCCACUCCUGCAUUUUGUAUUUGUUAUUCAAACUUUUGGUAUCAAAAAUCAUGGCAAUCCUAAGUUCACUUCAGGGGAGAAUUCUGUUUAAUAUGUUCUUCUCUUAGAUGCAAUUUUAAAGUGCCCCUUUUUGUUACUAGAGUUUUGAUCUACAAGUCUUAACUAUGUUUGAAUUGUGCCAGUGUUGGGUAAAUGACUUUUCUGCCUUUGGGGCUCAAUUUAUAUUUAAAGAUAACUUAAAAUCCUGUCUGGCCCAUCCCUGCCUUUGAAUUUGUUGUGAAGCUGUGCUUUACCUCCUAUCCAUUUUUUCUUUUCUUUUUUAAACCACGAAAUGAACACCAAACUGUACACACCUUUCCCAGGUCACUGCUGUGUUAACAAAGGUUCAGUUCAUAUCUUCUCAGAGGGACUCACAGGGCUUUCUCCACAGUAUCUGCAAAAGGCCUGCUAGGAAUCAAAGCAUUUACAUCAGAAAACUUAGAACCCACCCACAUGUAGAAACACUUGUGCCAGUUGAGUUAGCUUAUGUUUUCCAAUGCUGACCGGGGUCUAGGCUGAGUCAGGACACUUAAAAUAAUAUUCACCUGUCAGACAAAAGACACCUGCCAGAUCCCUAUCAAUCUAAUCCAACUAUCCAAAUUCCCAUCAGCAAAGAAUGGUUGAAGUUCCCUUCUAAAUUCGCUACUGUCUACAGCGUUGUUUGCAUCUUAAAAUACUUUCAUCUCCAUGGGAGGUGCGAGUUGCAUUUGGUCAGAAGCCUUUGGGGCGGUGCCCUCUGUGAGAAAGGUGCAGUGCUUCUGUCGGCCAGUGAAGACACAGUAGUUCUUAUUCUCGGGAAGAGGUCCCUUAGAGCAACCGGAUGAGUUUGUUAGCAAGCAGCUUGUUACUAGAAAGUAUUUCUAAGUGUAAGUAAAGGCAGUUUCACUGGAGCUACUAAGCUGCCCAAAUGCCCCUUCACCGUACGCAGUGGCAGAAACUCAGUGCUGUGACUAAUGGACGGGGCGUGGGUACCAACUCUGAUGCCAGCAUAUAGCGGUGCUAUGUUAAACAUGAGGUCAUGUUGAAACCACUAAGUAUAAUUUACUUCAUUUUUAACUUAAAAUCAUUUAAUAUCAAUUUUAUACUAUCAUUUCACUUGUUUCAAAAUGCAUUUUGUUUCAGGUGAUAGUUGAGCAAUGUUUAAAAAUCAGGUCAGGUGCAGGAUUUUGCCUAAGGAGAGUGUGUAGUUUCAUUGCUCUUCUUCUCUUCAUACUAAGAUCGAGAUGAGAAGUGAGGGGGUUCCAAGCAAGCUAGCUUCCAUUCAGUGACCAUAGAGAACCUUGCUGUGGACAUCACUGGCCAAGUAUCUUGUGUCCUGUCUCCUAAGACUGACUGCCAUUGAUUUGGCAUUUUGCUUCACAUGACUCCUUUUCUCAGAUGUUGACAAAGCCGUGGUCCUCAGGGCCUCCUGUGGAAUUGUGCCGAGGACCAUCACCAGGAAUAAGAAGUGCACUGGCUUACGCUCAUCUACACUGUGGGAAAGACUUGAGCCACAGAACCUGUUUCUGCAGGCAAUAGCCUUUUUAUUUUUCCCCCCAAACUUUAAAAAAAUUACUGAGUUUCAAAUACUUGCCUAUCCAAGUAUAGUCUAGCUGUCUAUUUGAGACCAGCAUAAUCCAUUAUGAAAGAGAAAGACAUCCUGGAUUAGUGUAUGCUAAGAUGGGUAAUUUAAAAAGUUAAAAAACAACCCCCCACCCCCAGCCCAAACCAAAGCCCAUGUGUCAUUAUGUUUGACCAAACAUUUCACCAUCAAUGGUACCUUAUCAUUAACUUUCUUAGUUGGUUUUUUGUUCACCAUUGGAAAUGACUGCAGGAUAGAUGUUUCUGGACAUCUAAGAAAUACACAAUUGUGACCGUGUUUAAUGAUCUACCUACACAAAGCUUUGCAGAUAGCCAUCCUUCUGCCAUGGAGACCAACAGGGCACUGUCUCUUCAAAGAUCCUGUGCUUGAAUGCCUAUAGUGAUACCUAGGCCUUAUGUCUCUUCACGUCAGUAGCUAGCAAGCACCUAUCAAUACCCACACUAGUGAAAGGGAUAGAUGUAUGGUCAUUGGAGCCUAAGUGCCCACUCCCUCCCUCUCCAACCUCACUGGUAACUCUGUAUGCGAUCUGCUGGAUGUCUGCCGCACAUCACAGGAGAUGCAGAAAUUCCAUGUCUGUUUCACUGUUGGUGGAGUCAUUCAGUCUGUCUUGGGAACUUAAGAUUGUGGCUCCCAAAUGAGUGGAACAGAGGAUAUUACCAUGAGCUUGUCCCUUUCUCACAAAGCACAACUUAAUGUAUGAGAGGAAUUGAGUAACAUUCCAUUAAAAGCUGGGCUUCUCGCAGUUUCUCUGCAGCAGGGACAGCAUUCCCAGCUGUCUGCAGUACUUCCCCUUUCCCCCUUUCUAGUACUUUAUUCUGUGCCACGUGGCCAUGAGCAUUAGUCACACAGGGGCACACUCUUACCUGUAUUUGCCCUCUGUCCCUCCUGAGCAUACCAAGUGUGGAACAAAGGGAAACGGUGCUGUCUCAUACUCAACUAUCGAAGAUGAAUCCUAUUCUGAACACCAACAGGGCCCCAUCCUCCCACAAGCUUGUCUCAAUGGCUGUUUGCUACUGGUUUUCAUUCUGGAGUGUCCUCUCAAAGCGAGCUGUUCCCACGAAAUGAACAGCAGGUUUGCUGUGCAGAGAGGCGUUAGCUUUUUCCUUCUGUGGGCUACAUGUAUUAGCAGGCUGAACAGUCUGGCAGUUGAUGGGCUAUGAAGGUUAUACUGAGUCAAGAUAAGAGUUGUUCUUUUUACCCUUAACCCCAAAGCUUCUACAGCAAUAAAACAUUCUUGGAUACCUUGGAGAAAGAGUAACAGAGCUUGCUGCUCAGUGGUGGCGCACACCUUUAAUCCCAGCUCUUGGGAGGCAGAGGCAGGCGGAUUUCUGAGUUCGAGGCCAGCCUGGUAUACAAAGUGAGUUCCAGGACAGCCAGGGCUACACAGAGAAACCCUGUCUCGAAAAAACAAAACAACAAAAGAGUAGCAGAGCUGGCCCAAGCAGUUAUCCUUGCCCUACUCCUCCAUCGGUAUAUCCAAAAGGCCACAAAACCACAUCUAACUGGAAUAGAAAAUUUCCAGUCUAACUCCUUAAUGACAUUUGUGUUACAUGUGUGCACUUCAUCUCUCACGUCCUAAUGGCUGGUUAAGUCCAACUCAGACCAACAGCAGAAAAUUCUGGGCUAGGGCCACCUUCACACCCUUUCGGUUCUAUUUAUUUCUAGCCUCUUUUGUGGGACUAUGUACAACUCACUCCGCAUGGAUAUAGAUACACACAUGGUUCUGGGUUAUUUGCCUGAGGCGCUCCUUGCUAACUUCUUCAGGCUCACAAGCUUGCCCCACCUAUACCUUAAGUUGCAUACAACUGUAAGUACAAAGGCCAGUGAGAUGGCUCAGUGAGUAUUCUGGGAGACCUGACUGCUAGCUUGAGACCCCAGUGAUGGAAGGAGUUGUCCUUUGACCUCCAUCCACACAAGCACCUCAGUACACACACACACCACAAAAUGGAGUAAAAUUGUAACCACAAAGCACACAGAUGUAUCUGCUUAGUACCAGUCAACCCAGACAGCUCAGUUUCACCAUGAGGCUGAAAAGAUGUUUUUUUUCCCCCACCCCCUGAAAACACCACCAGAAAACCAAAGCACUAUUUAGUAAUGGGUACAGAAGACCUCAUUAACAUAGUUUAAAGGUUCAAGAACUUAGGAGCUUUCAGAAGUUGCGAGAUGACUUUGAUCUGAGGAUAUUUACCCCUCAGGAUGCUGGUGAGAACAUUUGGCACAGUUCCUUUCCUUUCUCCUGAAAAGCACGCAGAAGGAACGUCAACAUCUUAACCACCAUUUUCUUCUAGAGGUUGGGAUGUUUUUGGGCAGGCAAGCAGUAAAGUGUUUAGCCUAUAGGUUCUCAUCAGCUUCCUCAGCCAACCAUGGUGUCAGGAGCACUCUAACAAAACCUGACUCUUUCAGUAGGGGAUAUGGACGACUCAGCCCCAGUUCCCCUUCCUCUGGUAGAGAAAGCAUCUUGUUUGCCAAUAACCAACUUGCCCAGCUUUCAGAGGAUGGAGAGUUUCUCAUCUCACUUGUGAAUAUAUCAUAGUCCUGUUUUGCUUUUGGUGGAUUAGUUACUAAGCCCAUCCUUUGAACUUUCUGGAGAGCCCAAGAAUGAUGCACCUUUUAACCACCAGGAGGCAACAAUUACCCCAAGGAACUAAGUGAGCAUCAGGAAUAUUCUUAAUGCAGGAAUACUCUUCAUCGAGGCUCUACAGUGUUCAGUGUUUGCUAUUUCAGUCUCAGGCUGGUUUUGAAAAAUGCCGAGGGCUCUGGAUAUUUACUAGAUUUAGCUGAAAGGACAGCAGCUAUUAAGUAUUAAUUACCACUGACCCAAAUCAAAAGAACAACCCAAACAUACUCUGCUCUAAAGUUUGUUAUUUUUAUUCAUGUAGGUGCCUUGCUUGCAUGUAUGUAUAGGCCCAGUAAAGCGAUGGUACUAUGGUUUCUGGAAUUGGAAUCACAGUUGGUUGUGAACCACCAUGUGGGUGCUGGGAUUUGAACCUGGGUCAUCCAGCCUCACUCUAGAGGUCUCACUACUGCCCAGACUUCCUGGGCUAAAGCAGUCUUCUUGUCUUAGUCUCUUUAGUAGCUAGGACCACAGAUGCAUGCCAGCACCAGUUCACCAUCAGCAUUAAGGAACCUCAAGAUGGAGCAGCUAAAGUCCUGUUGUCUCCAACUUCUGCAGUCUGGAUCGUCUGUAUUAUAGAUCAGAUGUGCAUCUAAGUGCAUGUGUAGGUUUGUGUGUGUGUGGUGUCCCAUUCAUAUCACACACAUUAUGAACACAUUGAACUGUGAACCCAAAGCUCCCAUAAUUAAUGUCAAGAAAGAUAAUGAGGACGUGUGAUUUUUAUAAAAAUACAUACCUGUGUGAGGCCAAUCCUUUGCAUACAACCCUUUGUUCAUGGCUCUCCCAAACCCCAUCCUUGCACACUUAAUGCUUACUCCAAUUGGAUUUUCAAGGUCAUAGAAAUUUAGCAGUUAAAGUCUUCUACAACUUUCUAAAUGUUAGUGAUCUGAAAAUACUCUUGCUGUUAAACUUAAAAAUCAAUGAGCUAAGAAUAAAAUUCCUUAUCUGUAA